UUAGCUCUAGUUUCUUAUACCAAACCUGUUACAAAUUUGUCUGACUUCAAAUUAAGUACAAACAAUAAAAUUUGAAAUCAAAUUAUUUCUAACUAACUUACCUUAAAACUAUCCCAAGUUCUAAACACAUCCAAUCCACCUCGUCCAGUCGUCCUUGAAAACGCCAGACACACGAAACUCAAUCCAAGCCUUAGAAUGCCCAAAUUGUUUCAAAAUGCCCAAUACCAACAAUAAAACCUUCUUUGGAUUCUGAUUUUCUCAUCACCUUCUUGGAUCCAAGUCUUAACUAAACCCCUCCAAAAUCCCUCAUGUUUCGUAGAUUCUGCACCUCUCUCUUUCAUGGCAAACAGCUCCCACUUCCCCUCCCCUUCCCCCUAAAACCCACUUUUUCAACACCCCGAACUCUUCCCAAAGGACUCUUUUUCACUUCUGCCAUCAAAAUGGCUGAUACCCAGAAGUUUCGUUCUUUUCCCUCCCUUGAAAAAGCCUCAAAACCAGAGUUACUUCGUGCUUUGGAGUCUUCUUUAGGAAUAUCUUUCAGCUCUAACUCUAUUUGCCCCUCCCCAAAUCCUUUAAUCAUUGUUAUAAGUGGUCCGAGUGGGGUAGGCAAAGAUGCAGUCAUCAAAAGAUUGAGAGAAGUUAGGGAGAAUCUUCAUUUUGUUGUUACUGCUACAAGCAGAGGAAUGAGACCUGGUGAAGUUAAUGGUAAGGAUUACUUUUUUGUGUCAAAGGAUGAGUUUUUAUCAAUGGUUGAAAAAGAUGAGCUUUUGGAGUAUGCUUUAGUUUACGGUGAUUAUAAAGGAAUACCCAAGAAGCAAAUAAGGGAUUUUAUGGCAAAAGGGUGUGAUAUUGUGUUGAGAGUGGACAUUCAAGGAGCUGAAACAUUGAGGAAGGUUCUUGGGGAUUCUGGGGUGUUCAUUUUUCUGGUGGCUGAGAGUGAGCUUGCUCUUGUUGAGAGGCUGAUCGACAGGAAGACUGAGAGUGAGGAGGAAUUGCUUGUUAGGAUUGCUACUGCUAGAGAAGAGGUGAAGCGUGUUAAGAGAUUUGAUUAUGUUGUUGUUAAUGCUAAAGGGAAGCUUGAGGAGGCUGUAGAUUUGGUGGGGUCUAUCAUUGAUGCUGAGAAGGCUAAGGUUAGGCAAAGGGAGCCAAUCAUUUGAGGUUUUUCUUGUGAAGGGUUCUCGGUUUGGUAUUUUUGAGGAUAACUAUGCAUUUAAGCAGGUAUUGAAUCGUGAGCUUAUUAUACUGUGAAGAAUUGCACUUUUGGCUAGAGUUUUCUUUAUUCAUUGUUACAUCUAGACGAUUUUAGAGGAAACAGCCUAAAACUUUUAGUGUUCGUGUUCUGCUUAACAUGUCUUUUGAAGCCUUGUCAUCUUUAGUUCCAUCGUUUAUUCCAGGGGGAGACCUGGUCAUCCAUGUACUUUUUGUUAUAUUCUCAUGUGUCAUAACCAUGUUUAAGAUAUUAUAUAUUUAUAUAUCUUUUUCUAUGAUAGUAAUUCGUUUUAUAUAA